AUAAAUAAAUGUGUUAUUUAAUCUAAAAGAUUAUGUACCUACAUCUUCGAAAUAAACAUACAACAGUAGUCAUUCGGUUACCAUUACUUUUAUAGAUAUCCUGCUUGAACAAGUUUAUUUUUAUAUAAUAAAAGUUUACAAAGUCUCGUAUUAAUUAGUCAUGAGCAAGCUAUGCAGGCAAGUUUCCAUAGAGUCACCUGGACCAGCUCUAAGGGAGUGUGUAUUUAGUUUCGAUGUACCAGUGCCCGAUGUACCCAUGUAUGGAGCCAGAAUAAGAGUUGUAUAUGCUGGGGCUUGUUAUAGAGCUCAUCGCACUCGUUCUGCGUCAGUUUGUAGUACUUCAUCUGUUUCGUCCAUUGGAAGUCUCUCUGGAGAAUUAGAGGGGUUUGGUUUACAUUCAACAACUCCAUCACAUAUUGGCUUCCGUGAUGGUGCUCUGUUCCCGGGAUAUGAGGUUGCUGGAAUUGUUGAUGCUAUUGGAAAAGCAGCUGAGACUGAUGGCAUUUGUGAAGGAGCUAGAAUCGUCCUAUAUCCAUAUGAGGGUGUACCACAUGGGUAUGCAGACUUUAUUGUUGUUCCAGAUUUUAAAUGCCUUGUGCCAGUUCCAGAUAGCUUGCCUUUAAGCGUAGCUGCAAUGCUACCAACAGGCGCCUUAUUAGCCACAAAUACUGUAUAUACGGCAAUUGAUAGCCUGAACAAAAUAAUUGAAGGUCCUAAUAGGAAGGAUAAAGUAACAGUAUUGAUUGUUGGAACAGGUGGCCUAGCCCUGUGGGCUCUUCGUAUUGCAUCCCAUUUCUUUAAACAAAGCCCACACCAUUCGAAAAUUAAUAUAUCCGUUGCAACAAUUAAAGAUGAAGGUUUUGUCCUAGCCAAAGAAAGUGAAGAGGUGAAAGUCGUGCAAUGGUCUGAAGAUUUAUAUGAACGCCAAUUGAUUGAGCGCACAACAGAUGCCUGUGGGGGGCCAGUUGAUAUAGUACUCAACUUUGGUACCACAUCACGAUCAUUGCACCGAUCACUGCAAUGUCUUGCUCCUGGUGGCCUGGUUCUUGUGACUGAGGAUGUCGGUGAGAAAUUGUUACCGAAAUUUGCUAAGAAGGCAGAGGAUAUGAAUGUUAGCAUUGUUGUUGUGCCAAAUGGCACAAUUGAACAGUUAAGAGAACUAGUUCAGCUAGUUGCUAAUGGCGAGAUCGAACCCCCACCACAUUCAGUCUUUCCAGCGGAUGAGGCACAGGAAGUAGUGAGGAAGCUUUGUAAUUCCGAGAUACAAGGUCGAGCGAUUUUGAAAUUUCACGAUGUUGACUAAAAUGCCUCAUAAGCAAAUCAUGAACAGUAAUGAUAAUCAAUAGAAAAUUUUGUUGAAACGAAAAUGUUACAAAGCACAAUGAAUAGUAUUCAUUCAACAAAAUAAACAUUACUAUAGUAUUUGAAAAUUAAAAUAUGCUUGACAAAUAUGAUAUAUUUUUGGUGAUUGGCCAAUUAUAAUUGCCUAUAAUUUAAGCCUAUAUUAAGAAACUGAUUCUUAAUAUAAAACAAAUAUACAAGAUAUUAUCGGUAGUCUUUAAGAAAACAGUUAUAAAACGUUAGUAUCGUGCUUGUUACUUUUAUAUAAAAAUAAUGGUGACUAUCGUAUCAAUAACCGAACUAACUUAGUCUACGUAUUGCAAUAAGACCGUAUGUGUAUAGUUAUUUCUUAGAAUUCAAAACGUAUUAUACCUAACAAGUUUGACAAAUUGCAAUUAAUUGUACUUUAAGUCUGCAAAUUUGAUAGCUUCUUUAGGUCUACUUUGUGUGAUAUAUAGCAGAAUAAAUGUUGAGUCAUGAAAAUAUUUAUUUAUAUAAAAAGUAUUCUAUAAAUAUUAUACUAAAGAUACUGUUAAUGUAGCAUGUAGUCGUUAAGGAUAAUUGUAAAAUUUUAUUGAACUCAUGAAUCAUUAACUAAUUAGUAUAAACAUCACGAGAUAAAUGUAUGUUUGUAUUAAUUAGGCCUUGUGAAUAAAUCAGUUAUUAUAUAUUUGAGUCAAAGAAUUGAGAUAAGAUUCGAGUCAGUAGUACUAAUGUCGUAUUCUUCAAGUGAUAUUUGGUAAACAUUUUAUGCAAGGUUAUUUUUCGACGAAGUACAGAAUUAAAAGUAUUUUAAAAUAUCUAGUCAUGUAAUUCGAGUGAAAAAGUUGUUUUUAAUUUCCCUCAACUGAUGUUACAAGUAUUCAUUUUAUGUAGAUAUAGUUAAGUAGGUAACGAAUUACAAAAUUGGUAUUUUGUGAAAAAUAUUUAAUAAUAAAUGUAUUUAU